UACUGCAGGUAUUUUUUUUGUUUUAGCCUACACUGGACUAUUUUAUUUUGUUUUUCAAAUCUAACCAAAUCUUCCGAAUUGUUUCUUUCUCAAAGGUGCAACAAUGUCUGAUGAUGAUUACACGCCACCCCCGAUUGCCCCCAAGGUAGAGGGAAAGCCCAAAAGCAAGAUUUCAGCCUCCCGGAGGCUUUCAUUGAAGAUCCUCCUGCUGACUCGUGCAACAGAACAUCUGGAGGCAGAGAAGGCUGCGAGAGAGGAACAGAAGGUCCGAUACUUGGGAGAGAAGCUUCCACCGCUGCAGUUCAUUGGUUUGAACAUGGAUGAGCUGCAGGUACUUUGUAAGCAGAUUCAUGAAAAGAUUGAUAAGGUGGAUGAGGAUCGGUACGACUGUGAGGCCAAAGUCAUCAAGAACUACAAAGAUAUCACCGAAUUGAAUCGAAAGGUGCAGGACCUCGGAGGGAAGUUCAAGAAGCCAGCUCUGAGAAAGGUGAGAGUGUCAGCAGACGAGAUGCUGAAAGCUCUCUUUGGAUCCAAAGUCAAGGGCUCCAUGGACCUAAGGGCAAACCUCAAGUCUGUAAAGAAAGAGGACACCAAACAAGAGAAGGAGCUGACCAACGAGGUGGGUGAUUGGCGUAAAAACGUGGAGGCCAUGUCUGACAUGAAGGGCAGGAAGAAGAUGUUUGAUGCAUGAUGAAAAUUGGUACAAUAAAUAAUUAAUACAUAAUGUAACAAAAAAAAAUGCUGCCGCUGUUUGGCAGAAGUGUAAUAAUAUGCAUGAUUUUCAAGAUGUAGUUUGUAGUUUUUAUUUUAAUCUGAAGUAGACCAUUUGUAAAAUAGCGUUGUGAAUACUCAGUAUAUUAAUGCCUAAUAAUG